ACAAGGUAUAUGAUUUUCAGAAAGAAUGAGAAGAAAGAGAAAUGGGAUUCUUGUGUUUUCAUUUUCUUCCACCUGUGAAGUGUGAACAGUGAUCCUGUCUUAAAGAGAGGACAUUUGUGUCAUUCAGUUCCAAGCGGUAAAAAGGAACAGAACCAAAGCUUGAAAUAUGAUCUCUCAGCUCUUCUCCAACUUUCCUUUUUUCUUUCAAUGCUUUUCCAUUUUCCUUAGACCAUAAGUCUUCUUUGUCUUCUUCUUCUUCUUCUUCUCACUCAUUCGGCACUGAGAAAACCAGAUCUUCUAUCUGUUCUUCAAUGGAGGAUGCAUACUAUUAUGGCAAAUCCCAACGGCUAGUUUCAGACAUGGGCUCUCCAACUCCACAAACCCAACCAAACCCAUGUAAGUUCUACUGGCAUUUCCUGUGUAAAGCUGUUUUUGUUACCAGUUUGCUCGUUAUUCUUCCACUUUUCCCUUCUCAACCUCCCGAGUUCGUGACCCAUUCUGUACUAACCAGAAACUGGGAGCUUUUUCAUCUUCUAUUCGUUGGAAUUGCUGUAUCUUAUGGUCUAUUCAGCCGAAGAAAUGUCGAAAUGGAGAAGGAAAACCAACCAAAAAUCGAUAGUGCACAGAACUAUGUCUCUAGAAUUUUUCAGGUUUCAUCGGUUUUCGAUGAUGAUGUAGAUAGCCCAUCUGGGUUUGAUGACAACAGCAAGGUUCAAACUUGGAAUUCCCGUUAUUUUAGAGGGGAACCCAUGCUUGUAGUUGAACAAGAAAGUUCAGUUCCUGAUGAACAGAGUCACAUCGUUACCAAGAUCAGUAACAAACCUCUGCAUUUGCCUGUUCGGAGCUUGAAAUCAAGGAUUUCAGACUCAGAGGAUCUUGAAUCCUCUAAAGAACCCCGUGUGUUCUCUGGUUCUCUUACUAGGUCCAGUUCUGGUUCAAGAAGUUCUUCUAACGGAUCUGUCAAAACUAGGAAUGGGGAGACGGGGGCUGUGGAUCCUCCGCUUUUUCCUGUUCGGUGCUUGAAAUCAAGGGUUUCAAACUCGGAGGAUCUUGAAUUCACUAAAGAAUCCCGCGUGUUCUCCGGUUCUCUUAGUUCUGGUUCUAGAAGUUCUUCUAAUGGAUCUGUCAGAAGUAGGAAUGGGGAGAUUGGGGAUGUGGAUCCUCUAGAUUUGGAGGAGAGAUUGCAGGAAAAUGUUGUGCUUCCUUCUCCAAUUCCUUGGAGAUCGAGGUCUGGAAGGAUGGAAAUGAAAGAGGAACUUGAAGUUGUCUCUCCUCAUUCUCUUCCUCCCUCAGCUGAUGAAGCUGAAAUUGAAAGGGACAGGCUCCAUUCUCGGUCUUUCCGGUUGCCCAUGUCAUGGUCAUCUCAGCCUAAUUCGACAUCACCCUCACCAGAGAAACUCUCUCCUUCCCCUUCUCUUUCACCAGAAUUGCGAGCCAAGAACAUGGAAGAUUCAGUGAGGAAGAAGAGUUAUUACACAUCUUCUACCCCUCCUACUCCACUACCACCCCCAGUGAGUCACAAAUCCCCACUGAUCACAUCAAAUCCUAGUCCAGUUAGUAACGGGUAUUCCUCUCAGAAUAUGGGAAUGGACAAAAGUUUCAAAGAUGAAUUGAAGGAUUUAAGGAGCAGUAGAGAGGGUGUCAGGAGAAGAAGUGAUCCUGGCGUGGACACCUUAAGGUCAGAAGUGAAAUCAGCAGCCCGUACUGAAGGUAUAUCCAUGGCCAAAUCUGUUAGGACAUUUAGAACGAGUGAACCCAUUGCAGAGGGCAGGAAAACCAGAGAAUGCAAUGGAGAGCAGAUGCUGGAGAAAACAGGAAAAAGAUCUAACGAAGUUGAAGCAAUGUUCAUGGAGACAACAGGAAGAAGAGCGGGAGGGUUCACACAACUGCCUAUCAAUAAUGAGAAACCAGGAAAAAAAUCUAAGGAAGUUGAGGCAAUGUUCAUGGAGACAACAGGAAGAAGAGCGGGAGGGUUCAAGCAACUGCCUAUCAAUAACGAGAAACCAGGAAAAAAAUCUAAGGAAGUUGAGGCAAUGUUCAUGGAGACAACAGGAAGAAGAGCAGGAGGGUUCGAGCAACUGCCUAUCAAUAAUGGGAAACCAGGAAAAAAAUCUAAGGAAAUUGAAGCAAUGUUCAUGGAGACAACAGGAAGACGAGCAGGAGGGUUCGAGCAACUGCCCAUCAAUAAUGAGAAAUCAGGUCAAGAGAGUCCCCGCCAAAUGCCCGAGUCACCACUUUCCAAGUAUCCAAUGGAAGAGAAGAAAGAAUUCUCAGACAAGGUUAUUAUAGAAAAGGAUGAAGACUCGGAUAGCGAGGCUGAGGCUGAUGCUGAUGCUGAUGAAACUCAAGGAAACUCGGACAAAGAAGAAGCUGCCUCUGACACUGUCACUGAUGCAGUGGUUGAUACUGAGGUUGAUAAGAAAGCUGCUGAGUUCAUAGCGAAGUUUAAAGAGCAGAUCAGGCUUCAGAGGAUUGCAUCAAUCAAGAGAGCAAGUGGGAAGGUCAGUGGUAAAACUUCUUCGCGGUAAACCCAAUGCCUCUUCUGCUUCAAAGAAAUUUGUAGUUGGUAUUUCUCUCUUCGUUUCCUGUGUAUGUUUUCAUCUCUCACUUGGGUAUCAAGGUCUUUUUGGAUUUACAAUCUGGUAUAUUGAUAAAUGAGAGUUUUCAGGCUUAACAGUCUGUGUAACCAGCAAUAUCAUUGGAGAAGAGUUGCUAUUUUUUCUUCA